AUGGAAGACCUUUCCCCCGAAAAGAAACCUGCAGGAUGUGGCUUAUUUUCAGUAGUUUUCGGUCGAAGAGGUUUUUGGCCAAGAAGAUCAACAUCUACAGGUUCAAUUACUACAAUGAAUGCAGCCACUUUCACGAAAACACCUAGCACACCAAAGAGGCGAAGGAGUGGCUCAGAUGAGGCUGCAUUUCUAGACAAUUUGUCUAGUGCAGCAGAAGGGCAUCAAAAAUCUAUCACAAAGGCUCCUAUGCAUCCCAAGAUCCCUCCUACACAGAACCAAAACUACGGUAGAAAACUUCCUGAGGAAGCAACCAAAAUAUCAUCUGAUCAAGGUCAUGCUAAUCAAAAUCAAAGUUAUGGUAAUCAAAAUGCUUAUGUUAAUCAAGGUAGGAGGGUUCCCAAGGAGGCAGUUGGUCUUUCAGGUGAGCUUGAAAGCUAUAUCUCUGAUCACCAAAAAUCUAAAGGAAGCAGCACGCUUGUUCGUGCUUCAUCAAGCAAUGUGAUGCUUCUUGGCAAUUUAGGUAACUUGAGGCAAGGAGGAGGUGGAGGAAACACGACUUCUCAUAAUGUUCUUGAUUACCUUCCUAAGACCGCAAGAGAAGAGGUUGUAACCCCUAAUGGAAAAUACCCUACUAGUGUGAUGGGAAAUGUAGUGAAGAGACAGAAUGAAGAGAAACCAAAUGUAGCUGCGGAGCCUGCUGCUGGUUCUUUAUGCAGGGCUCUCUCGACUAGAAUGGACCCUGAGCAACUUAAAAUUAUGGGAAAUGAAGAUUACAAGAAUGGAAAUUUUGCAGAGGCAUUGGCUUUGUAUGAUGCAGCAAUCUCGAUUGAUCCUAGCAGGGCUUCUUAUCGGAGCAACAGAAGUGCGGCAUUAACAGCUCUAGGUAAACUUCUCGAGGCAGUUUUCGAGUGCAGAGAAGCCAUUCGAAUUGAACCCCAUUAUCAUAGAGCUCAUCAUCGUUUAGCAAACUUGCAUCUCAGAUUAGGCGAGGCAGAAAAUGCUAUAUAUCACUACAAACGUGCUGGGCCAGAAGCUGAUCAUGUUGACAUUUCAAAAGCUAAAGCUCUUCAAGCCCAUCUCAACAAGUGCACCGAUGCUCGUAAACACCGAGAUUGGAACAGCUUGAUCAAGGAGACUGCGGCUACCAUAUCUGCUGGUGCAGAUUCAGCACCGCAAAUAUAUGCAUUGCAAGCUGAGGCCUUGAUAAAGCUUCGCAGGCACCAGGAAGCAGAUGAAGCAUUGAUAAAGGGUCCAAAUUUUGAUGUGGAUGCCUGUACAAAAUUUUUUGGUCCAACUGGAAAUGCAAAUUUGUUAACGGUACGAGCCCAGGUUGACAUGGCUAUUGGCAGAUUUGAUGAUGCUUUGUCCAUGGCGCAACGAGCAACUAGGCUUGAUUCUAACAACAAGGAAGCAAAUACGGUGUUGAGAAAGGCUAAAGCUGUAGCUGCAGCUCGAUCACACGGUAAUCAGCUUUUUAAGGCAGGAAAAUUUCAUGAGGCAUGUAAUGCAUAUAGUGAGGGACUUGAGCAUGAUCCCUACAACUCGGUGUUGUUAUGCAAUCGAGCUGCCUGCCGGUCCAAGCUUGGCCAGUUCGAAAAAGCAGUGGAGGAUUGCAAUGCUGCCCUUACCAUGCGACCAGGUUACGCCAAGGCCAGACUCAGAAGAGCUGAUUGCCAUGCUAAGUUGGAAAAAUGGGAAGCUUCAAUCAAAGACUAUGAGAUGUUGCAAAAUGAAGCCCCUGAGGAUGAAGAAGUGGGCAGGGCCUUGAUGGAGGCCAAGGCACAGCUCAAGAAGCAGAGAGGACUAGAUGCUGCAGCUUGA